CUAAAUUCCCCAUCUUCCUCGCCAUAAUACCCAUUUUUUCCUUUUCCUUUUCCUUUAUUUCUGUAUUUUAUCACUUUAAUUAGCCUCUUUAUAUCCUUUCCUUAAUUGUUUUACCAUUUUAUUACUAAGUGUCAUAGCACAAUCUCUUCCCUAAUCACUCAAAAUCAGAAAGUAUUUCUUCCUUUAAAGAACGAAUUUUAGCUGAAGAUUUGGGUACGAAUCUCUUUGGAGAAUCAGUCUAUGCUCAAGAUGUCACCAAAUAGGAUUGUAAUUCAAGGUGUGUGCUACUGCAGAAAAGCUUGAAUUUUUGGUGAGAAAGGGAGAAAAUGGAUUCAGGUGACGCAUCCGGAUAUUCAGCUGGGGUGGAUGAUGAUUAUGAAUCUUUACUGUCAACAACUGAUGCAGAGCUCUUGAAACGGGCAUGGCGGAAUGAAAAGGCUGCUCCUGAAAUUCUUCAAUUUGAGGCUGCUUUAGUUCAGCGGUCUAGAGAACAGAUCCAAUUGAUGGAAGAAACAGUGGAGGAAUUUUCAAAAAAUGGUGUUGAUCCACUCACUGUGUCUCUGUACCAGAUGGACUUGGAUAGAACUCUGUUUCUAUUGAGAUCAUAUUUAAGAACCCGUCUCCAAAAGAUUGAAAAUUAUGCAUUUCACAUACAAAAAACUACUGACUUAAGGAAUCGUCUAUCUAAACAAGAGCAGAAUUUUGCUGAAAGGUGUGUUGACGAUAUGGAGCAACAUCUAGAUCAAUCUGUUCUCUCAAAGUUGCCUCAAGGUUUCAAGUCCCAUUUGAAGCAAUCUUCGCUAAGUUUGGCAGAUGACAUGGUUCCUGAGCCACAGCUGGAUCAGUAUGUUAUCUGCAGAAGCAAGAGAUUUUUAGGAGCUUUUCAGCUUGAUGACAGUGGGGAAGAACCAGUGAACAUUGAAGCCAAUGAUUUAUAUGCUCUGCCUUACAAGUCCAUAAAGCCACUUGUGGAGAGUGGGCAGAUUGAUCUGGUAUGACAGUAUAGGAAACACUACCCCCUUUGUUUUCUGCUGAUAGGAAACUGCUGCUAUGCACAAACCAAGACUUACAUUAUCCAAGCUUAAAUGCAGUAUGGGAUGUAACUUUGUUACAAUGUUUUAACUGCUCAAGAAUUAUCUCACAUUGUGGUAUGACUAGUCUGUUUCAAAAGAUGUUUGAUCUUCUAAUUUGUUAAUUUUUACCAUA